ACACCCCGCCCUCUCUACCUCUCUCUCCCCAGAUCCUCUCCACUUCUUUCCUUCCUUUCUUUCUUCCACACACACUUUCCUCCCCCACAACUAAGAAAAUUAAAAGGGAAAAGGGUAAAUAAUGCCGGGCUUUGGUGGUGUAGGACUUCAACUAGAAACUCCCAAUAGGGACAGUCCAACUCGAGAUUUGCGUGACCACCUCCCUUCUUUAAUGUCUUCUUCUUAUCCUAUCACUCUCAAGUUCAUCGACGUGUGUUACAAGGUGAAGAUUCAGCAAACCAACACUCGAGGUCGGAGCAUUAAACGCAUGUUCACCCAUGGAUCCACACCUUCUGAUCUGAUAUCAACCAUCCAAGAGAAAACUAUCUUGAACAAUAUCACGGGCGUGGUUUCACCAGGGGAAAUCUUGGCCAUCCUUGGCCCUUCAGGCAGCGGCAAAUCUACACUCCUCAAUGCCUUAGCUGGGAGGCACCAACAACAAAGCCGUGCCUUCUCUGGAACUAUCCUUGCUAACAACAAAAAAUCCACCAAACAAAUAGCCAAACGCACCGGAUUCGUCACCCAAGAUGAUGUUCUUUACCCUCACUUAACAGUUCGUGAAACACUAGUGUUUUGCUCCCUCUUAAGGUUGCCCAAAACAUUGACCAAAAAAGACAAGAUUUCAGUGGCUGAAAUGGUUUUAUCCGAGUUGGGGCUAUCCAAAUGUGAAAAUACAAUUAUCGGGAACAGUUUCAUACGCGGGAUUUCCGGUGGAGAGCGAAAAAGAGUGAGUAUAGCUCAUGAAAUGCUUGUAAACCCUAGUCUGUUGAUUCUUGAUGAACCAACGUCGGGUUUGGACUCGACAGCGGCUUUCCGGUUGGUUUCGACGUUGGGGUCGUUGGCUCAAAAGGGAAAAACCAUAGUUACAUCCAUGCACCAACCUUCAAGCCGAGUUUAUCAGAUGUUUGACUCGGUGUUGGUUUUGAGUGAAGGAAGGAGCAUUUAUUUUGGGAAGGGAAGUGAAGCCAUGGCUUAUUUUGAGUCUCUUGGAUUCUCGCCGUCUUUUCCUAUGAAUCCUGCGGAUUUCCUCCUUGAUCUCGCUAACGGUGUGUGUAAACUUGAUGGUGUAUGCGAAAGAGAGACACCAAACAUAAAACAAAGCCUGAUUGCUUCUUACAGUACCUUGUUGGCUCCAAAAGUAAGAGAUGCUUGUAUGGAGAUCACCGCUGUUUCAGAAAGGGACUCGCAUUUGAUCGGGAGCCAUUCUUGCCAACAACACACGAGUAGCUGCAGCGUUGACCUCUCUACUUGGUUCUAUCAAUUCAGGAUUCUACUUCAAAGAGGGCUUAAAGAAAGAAAGCAUGAAUCUUUCAACACCCUCAGAGUCUUCCAAGUAAUUACUGCUUCCAUCUUGGCAGGUUUAAUGUGGUGGCAUUCGGAUUAUCGAGACAUACAAGACCGCCUCGGUCUCCUCUUCUUCAUUUCCAUAUUUUGGGGUGUCUUGCCAUCGUUUAAUGCAGUAUUUGCCUUUCCCCAAGAACGUGCCAUCUUUAUGAAAGAGCGUGCUUCCGGUAUGUACACUCUCUCUUCCUAUUUUAUGGCGCGGAUUAUUGGGGAUCUCCCAAUGGAGCUCAUCCUUCCUACGGUUUUCCUUAUCGUGACAUACUGGAUGGCUGGAUUGAAACCUGAUUUGGUGGCAUUUCUUUUGACAUUGGUGGUUCUUCUCGGCUACGUGCUUGUCUCUCAGGGGCUCGGCCUUGCAUUAGGAGCAGUAAUCAUGGAUGCCAAACAGGCUUCAACCAUUGUUACUGUCACAAUGCUAGCAUUUGUUCUAACAGGAGGAUACUACGUGCAUAAGGUGCCAGCAUGCAUGGCAUGGAUCAAGUACGUCUCUACUACAUAUUACAGCUACAAGCUGUUUGUUAACGUCCAAUACAGCCAAGGAAACAAAAUUUCCUCGUUGCUGGGGUGCUCACACCAUGGAAGUAACAGAGUUAGCUGCAAGUUUAUUGAUCAAGACAUCGCAGGCCAAAUUAGCCCGAAACUGAGUGUGGGAAUCUUGCUUCUAAUGUUUGUAGGAUAUAGGUUGCUAGCUUACCUUGCAUUGAGGCGCAUCAAAGGUUGAGCCUUAUGUAUUAUUAGUUUACACGUAUUUGUAAUUCAUACAUGCCCUUGUAAUCGUAAUUUUUCAAAAGGAUGGCGAAGGAAAAAGAGAAGAGAGAUUUAUUCAGGAAGUUGAGUUUGCAUUGAUGUUUCGGCCACGCUAAGUGUAAGUCAAGAAUCACUCUCUGCAACGAACUCUGGUCUUAGCAUUUGUAAAUUAAAUAGCAAAUAGCGACUCGCAUUUUAGAUGGGCUUUCUUCGGCUCUUUGCCGGUUCUGUAAAAGUCGAGGGGUCAGGUAAUAUAGGCUUACUAUUUUUAA